GUGAAAUUAUCAGUAACUCUUCAGAGUCACAACAUGAAGUUCCUAGUAGUUUUCACUUUGCUCUUGGCUUCUGCCUACGCUUCACCAGUACUCUUCCAACGCCAAGUGGAAGUUCCAGUGUUGGCUGAUAACCUAGAAGGACGUAUUACCAAUGGUCAAACCGCUUCCGCCGGUCAGUUCCCGUAUCAAGUAGGACUUUCAUUGAAAUUGAGCGCACUCUCAUCUGCCUGGUGUGGUGGUUCUUUGAUUGGCAGCCAAUGGGUCCUUACCGCUGCUCACUGCACUGACGGUGUUCAAUCCGUGACUGUCUACUUGGGUGCUACCGUUCGUACAUCGGCCGAAAUUACAGUUACUGUAAGCAGCAGCAACAUUAUCAUCCACUCAGGCUGGAACUCCAACACUCUGAAGAACGAUAUUUCGCUCAUCAAAAUCUCAUCCGUUUCCUACUCCAGCAGAGUACAACCCGUCAGCUUGCCCGCUAUCUCUAGCUCCUACUCUAACUAUGUUGGUGCAACAGCUGUUGCCUCCGGUUGGGGAAAAAUCAGCGAUUCAGCUACUAGUGUGACAACUAACUUGCAAUACGCUUACGUGCCAGUGGUUGCCAACACUGUCUGCUCCAGUGUUUAUGGAACUUCGAUUGUGACUUCAUCUAACAUUUGCAUUUCGACCACCGGUGGAGUUUCCACUUGCAAUGGUGACUCUGGUGGCCCAUUGGUGGACACCUCUUCGGGCGUACAGAUCGGUUUGACUUCAUUCGGUGCUGCCGCCGGCUGCGCUAAGGGAUACCCAGCUGCCUUCACCCGUGUGACCAGCUACUUGGACUGGAUUAAGAGCAACACUGGCAUUUCUGCUUAAGUUUUGUACAGACACCUUUGCAUAUAAUAAAACGGUUAUGGAUUAAUAAUAUGAAAAAAAAAUGUAAAUUGUUUCAAAA